GCCCAAAUCUACGACGCCAUCACUGCCGUCACCGAAUCCACCCCGCCGCCCCGACCGAUAGCGUCCUCUCUCUAACAAACCCCAUGGCUGCGCAACACUGGCAGCUUCGCCAAUUCAUCCGAGUACCGCGAACAUGUGGAUAACGUCCUUAGGGAGGAGCUUGUCCCUAUGUAUAUCGAUCUCCGGGACUUCCACGAGACCUUCUUUAGUAACGUACUAAACCUGGAGACCGCAUUACAGACGUUCUUUAAGAGCUGCUUAGAAGGCAGCAACCCGCUCUUUGAUAACGGCUGGAACUGCUACUCCGCUUCAGCACGCAAACGAAGACCUCUGGCGCAGCCUAACAAGCCGAUUACCGGCUCCGUCGGGAAACGCAAGUUAGAUAUCGGCUUUGUAGACGACCCGAAGGCCGGGAAAGACUCGAGGUGCCACUGGAGCCAGAUUCUCGUGCCCGGCGAGCUGAAGAGCAACCCAGCCGCCGAUAGACCUUCAGAAGCGCGACUUGAUCUCGGCACGUACGCUAGGGAAGUGUUUGCCGCUCAGGGUACCCGUCGCUUCGUCUUGGGCUUCACCCUCUGCGGGUCUCUCAUGAGGAUCAAACGGGACGGUAGGACUGAGCGGCUUAUCCUCGAUGAGUUAAUGAGGCCUGUACGCUGUAUCGCUGGCCGAGCAACGACUUGUGGGAAAGCAUAUCGAGAAGAAGACCUAUAUAGCCCCCUUGUUGUCAAAGACUCGUGGCAAUAUCCUGAACGCGAUGAGGAGGGCGAGUUACUCCUUGAGGCAACUAGCAAGGGUGCUGUUCAUGUGGCCCGGUAUUAUCAUUACGAAACUGUUCAGGUGCAGAAUGCAGAUGACGAUGUCCGAAACAAUGUUCGGAAGGGAUUGGACGUCACGGAGGCUACGAACUACCGGCUACAUCGAUCGCGGCUCUCACUAAGCAGGAGUGCGCCAGGUAUAUCACGAGCAGGUCGAAGCAGCAGCAUCGCCGGCGCGAAGCGAUCGUCCACCCAAACCGAUGCUCUAUUGCCGCCUACCAAGCGACCCUGUUUAACAUCUCCGAUCAAAGCCGGCAGCGAUACGCCGCCGAAUUGAGUGCACCGGCGUGUUAUCCUUUCCGACUGUGGACGCCUAAUCUACGAAGCGAGCUCUCGACAGGUC